GUUAUCAUUACUAUGGGAAUUGCGAUGGUUACUUCUUCAUGUAUGACUACGACGAAGGAGGCGUGGUUUGGAACCCGUUUUUGAGACAGACUAAAAGGAUUGCCGCGGCUGAGUCUUCAUGUGGCAAAGAGAUGGGUUAUGAUGGUAGUAGACCCGAAAAGAGUUACAAGAUUAUUGGAAGUUGGAGUAGUAAUUCGAUCCAUAGAGUUGGAGUCUUGGAAUUUGCAACCAAUACAUGGAAUGUUACUCAUCGUACCAGUUUUGGCGAAGUGUUAACAUCACACGACAACUCGUCUAGGGUCUCCCUGAAUGGAAAUGUGUACUGGACAGGUUAUAAAUAUCCCGAAACUGGUCAGUAUUUCAUCGAAAUGCUCGAUUUUUCGAAAGAGGUAAUAAAGAUCUUUUGUGUUUUACCGUGUAAGGGGAAAAAAUGUGCUUCCCAUCAUCGUAUGCUCUCGAUUUACAAGGGAGAUCGGUUUUCAGUGUUACAACAAUGCACAAGAACAAGCGAGAUUAAGAUUUGGGUAACAGGGAAGAAAAUCGGUAACGGGGAUGAUGGAGACAAUGUGGUGUGGAUUAAGUUCAUGACGGUCUCAAGACCUGACCUCCCUAUGUUAUUUAGUCACACAAGUUACUUCGUGGAUGAUAAUAUCUAUGGAAAGAGCUUCGUUCUGUGUUGCAAUACCAAGAAGCCUAGACAAGCUUGGGUGUAUAUUGUGAGGGGAGAUAUGUGCAAAAAGAUUAAGAUAGAUGGAUUGCUAUGUCUAAAUUCAUUAUUAUGCAGACCAAACUGAACCAAACUUCAUGUGGUUUGUUUUGUUAUGAAUCACUUUUAUUUUCUUUUCUUGGAGUCGUUCUCAUUGGUGGAGGAAGUUGCUGACCAUUUGGCAGACGAGUGUUUGGGUCUCUUCCGAUGCUGAUUCCAAACAAACUAUGAAAGUAUAU